AAUAAAACGCAUUUAACCCCGACGUUUCCGUUCAGGUUUGGAUUAGUCACCGGCUUUAAGUAAACUGUCGCGACACAUAGUAACCAGCCGUUCCUUUUUAGUCCGAGAAGUUUAUCUUUUUAUUUUGGAACCUAAUCUCAGAAUCCGGGCUCAUCUUAAGUUGAGCAGCAUGCGUGGAGCGAUUUUGCUUUUCUCACUCUUUGUAUUGGCGCCGAUCUUUUGCCACGGUCAAGUAGCAGCGCCUGAAAACAUCACUGUUUCAAAUGAAACACCAACUGCGUUUACCGUCAGUUUCAGCAGCGUAGUGAAUGCUGCAACUUACCAAGUAAGGGUCACAGCACAGCAUAAUUCAUCAGACUCUGAAACAUUUUCACUUUCUGCGACAAGCAAUGCAAGAGAAUCAUAUGAGGUUACAGGAAGAAGAAGUAACAUAAACUACAUUGUUGAAGUAAGAGCCAUUAAUGCAACUGGCACAGCCAGUAAUUACUCAACCAAACCAACCCCUAAUGCCAGAACAGCUCCGGAUGGUUCAAGGAUCCUGAACGUGAUCACCACUCCAACUUUCCUCACCAUCUUCCUGGAAUUAACUCCGGGAGCAACAGCAUGGGAGGUUGAAGUAAAUGACACAAUUACAGGGACAUCAAGGAUCAUAUCUGUUCCAACUGGUGUUCCUUCAAAUACAUCAUAUGUGGCUAUCAUAACAUCCCUCAACCCAAACACUCCACACACACUGAGGGCAAGAGUAUCUCAAUUAAAUGGUGUGACAUCAUUCACAGCAACACAGAGUCCAUUUGGUGCACAAUGUUCUGUCAGCACAGACAAAAUUUCCGCUUUCGGUCGAGUUGUACUUUUGGCAAAACCAUACACAUCCAACCUUGCCACAGACCAAGUGUUUAUAAACCAAACCAAUGCUGAACUACUGGCAGCAUAUAAGGCAAUUUCCUCAAAUGUGGAAGAUGUUUCGAUGGUAGAAGUUGCAAACAACGGUGGGAAUGUUCUUUACCAUCAUGAGAUUGUUUUAUCUGAUCGAAAUGCAUCGGCUGCUUCAGUUAACGUUACUCAAUUUACACUGAAAAAUGCAACAUUAUAUUCUGGAUCUUUAACCACCUAUAAUUUGGCGGAAUUCCCUGGAUAUGUGUUCACCUUUAUAAGUCAUUCAAAAACCCAAGCAUCGUUGGUUUAUAGAAACAAUGGCUCGUGCUCUCCUGUUUCUUUAGCUGAUGAAACAAGACAGUGGCUGCUACAUUCAAAAGAUCCUAGCCUUCAACAGAUUGCAACAAUAGUUAGGAAUGGCAAUGAAGGUGGAACUCUUGCAACUUCCAGUAUUUUGUUUUCAAAUGAUGGAGUAAGUUUAAAUCCAAACUCACCUAACUACUUCAACUUUUCAAGCAACACCAUAUAUGGUAUAAAACAUAGACACACAAUAAAGUUGUGUUCAUCCAGCAAUACUACAGCUCCUGUAUAUGAUCGAGUGUAUGAAGCUGCUUUCCAAAGUUCACGUACCAAACCUUCGGACAGAUACAUUAUCUUUUACACAACAGGUUUGUUUUUCCCAAUAGUAUUCCCUGAUGCUUUCUUAUUUUGCAA